AUGGCAGAGAAUAUGAGCCGCACGGCAAAGAACACAUCCGCAGUUGCCGACUCUGCCAAAAGAAUAGCCAAGAACUCGGACGCUGUCACCAAACGUAUCAACGGCGUUCAAAUCAUCAGCAAUUCACUAGUUGAUCGCGUCGACUAUCACAUGAAGUUCACGCAAGCUGCUAUCGUCGGCCUCGCAAUCGAAGUACAUCAAGGUUUAGAAGCGCUCAAGAAAAUCGGAGCAAAGCUGGACGGCAUCUACGAAGAGAUGAUGAACUCGAAUGGUAUAAAAGUCCAAGGGAGCGGUGGUCCAGACGGAUUUGCCCGGCAUGUGUAUGACUUUGUCGAAGAGGCCACAGAACAGCCAUCGGACAAGCACAGGUUCUUCGUCUACCACCCGGACACUGACUGGUACCCGGCAUUCCGGAGACUGUUUAGACGGAACCCGCUUCCCACAACGUUCUGCGCCAAAUCAGACGACCUGGAUAAGCUGUGCGUCCUCAUACUGGAAGCGAGGAAGAAUUUGAUCAAAGAGAGCGAUGACGGAAAACACGUCGUCUUCCAUCUCCUUGUCCCAGCAUGA